AUGCGGAUGUUGCAUACGAUAGUGGCUGGAAACUUGUUUACGGUGAUGUUUUCAGGUCUCCUUUCCAACAGAAUGUUGUUGUCGAUCUUAGUUGGAAGUGGUGUUCAAUUGUUUUGCAUGGCCCUAGUAACGAUCAUAUUUGCAUUGCUUGGAUUGUUGUCCCCUUCAAAUAGAGGUGCGUUGUCAACCUUUAUGUUCAUUUUCUACAUUCUUUUUAGUGUGAUCUCGUCAUACGUGAGUGGGUACAUUUAUAGGUUUUUCGGUGGUGAGGAUUGGAAAACCAACAUGAUUUUGACACCCAUUCUCGUGCCAGGAAUCAUGUUCUUGGGUUUUAUUUUCUUGAACUUUUUCUUGAUUUAUGCCAACUCCUCAGGAGCUAUCCCAGUUGGUACCAUGGCAGCAAUUAUCCUCAUAUGGUUUGUCAUUUCUGUUCCUUUGUCAAUCGUUGGUUCGCUCUGGCAAUCAAGAAGAUCUGUGUUUUCCGUCCCAGUCAGAACAAACCAGAUCCCUAGGCAAAUUCCUUCCCAACCAUGGUACUUGAGAACAGUUCCUGCUAUGCUCAUUGCAGGUCUCUUCCCAUUUGGGUCAAUUGCAGUGGAAUUGUACUUCAUUUUCUCAUCUCUUUGGUUUAACAGAAUCUUUUAUAUGUUUGGAUUCUUAUUCUUCUGCUUUGUGUUGAUGAUCAUGACUACAGCUUUGGUUUCCGUCUUAUGCAUUUAUUACACUUUGUGCAGCGAAAACUACAAGUGGCAGUGGAAGUCGUUUUUCAUUGGCGGCGGUUGUGCAAUUUAUGUCUUCCUUCAUGCGCUUUACUUUUUGAAGGGCGAAAAAUUAGGUGACUUUACGUCGUUCAUGUUGUUCUCUGGAUACUCGGCGAUCAUCUCACUUCUCGUCUUCAUUGUAUGUGGAUCCGUCGGCUUCUUGAGCAACCUACUUUUCACAAGAAAGAUUUAUUCCCAAAUCAAGAUCGACUGA